AUGUAUAGAGAUAGAGGGAAAAGUAAAGGCAAUUGGCUGAGGCAAGAAGGAAGAGCAGGAGGCGGAGCAGGAGGAGGAGGAGCAGGAACUUCGAACCCAUACUCCAAUCUAAAUCUUUCCCGUGUGGAGACCAAUAGAAGUUACAUCAGUGUUGCUGAAAGAGGAGAUCUCUAUGGUACUACUGGGUCGAGAGGUUUGGGCGGAAAAGCUCCACAAUCUAAUUUUCAUGGAAAUUCGAGCAACAACUAUAACAAUGGCAAUAAUAAAGGCAACAACACUUUGCAAGUUCCUGGUGCAUAUUCCAAUCAAAACAAUGAUCGUCAACAUAAUCGUCGUUAUAGUAUACAUACUGCGGCUCACCAACAUGGGAGGUCAUUCUCCAAUAGCAAUUUUGAUACGUCCAAUGCUCCACAACUACCCAACUUGCCUCAAGGAAUGACAAUGAAUUCAAAACCAAAACCAAAACCAUUGACCAUUCUGCAAGAGAUACUAAAGGGGCUUGACCAAAGUACCGCAGGAGACAUUGACGAUUAUUACAAGUCUUUGGUAAAACAAAAGCAAAUUGUAACCAGAGAUUUCAAGGACAAUAUCAACCAGAAUCAAAAAAAUGUAAUGGCAUUGACCAAAGACCUUAAGGAAACUCAAGAGGAAUUGUUGAAUAUGAGACACACAACAAAGGAUUUGUUUGAAGUUUUGGAUCUGUUUAAGGAAACAGCUGAACGUCGACUCAGUCUCGAGCGAGAAAAUCUUGGUGCUACUCAGAUGCUGCAACAACUGCAGCAACUGCAAAAGAGCGAAAAAGACAAGAGAAAAGAUCGAUCUUCUAUCUUGCUUUUGGAAAAGAACUGGGCGAAAGAGUUGCAGUCACUAUUCAAACAUGUUGAUGGAGCUUCGAAAUUUAUACAACCACUACCUGGCCGACACGUGCUUGCAGAAAGUGGGAGAUGGCACGAGGUUAAUGCCGGUACAUGGAAACCGAGCAACCCGGGACAUUUGUUUGUGUUGAACGAUUUGUUAUUGAUUGCAGCAAAAAAGACUCUGACAAAUACCAAUAACAAGUUGGACCAGAAAGGCAUUGGUGUUGGUGGUGGUGCUGGUGGUGGUGCUGGCACAAAGUCUAAUAAACUACAAGCAAUUCAAUGUUUACCAUUGACUCUGGUUACAAUGACAAAAAUCACCCCUCCGAAAACAGAUCCAAACUUAUAUUUUAUCAGUAUCAAGACCAAGUCCUUAAACUAUGUGUAUCAAACUGAUAGGUAUGAUCAUUUUGUUAAAAUCACAGAUGCAUUCAACAAAGGAAAAAACGAAAUGAUACACGAACAAAGAGUGAUGAGAGGAUCAGUCAGCAUGGAGAAUAACCGGCCUGUGUCAGUUAGUGAGACACAAGAGGAAAAGAAGCAAUUACGGGACUCUUUGCGGAACUCUGGCUCUCAUGAAAUGAACGGAGCCGUUGACGAACAUGGAAAGCGAAUAAGUGGUAGCUUUAGAAGAAGCGGCACGUUGAGUGGUACCAACAGUAAGAGAAACUCUUCAGAGUUUGUUUUGCACGAUAUAAGUGCCCGAGUGCAUUCGCGUAACAAGUCUCAUGACUUUCAAAGUAGUACUUAUAACUAUGCAUCUGGAAAUGGUAAAUCUGAGUUUUUCAACAGUAUGAAAAACUUGGAAGGCGAAUUUGACGAUGUGGAUAUUAAUAUCUCACGCAACAAAUUCGCUGACGCUGUGCAACUAGUGACUGCGAUUGAAAAGAGAUUGCUAAAGUUUGAAAACUAUUUGGCUAAACAGAGAAACAGUGCUUCAUCCUUAGCCAAUCAAACUGACGAGUCGUUGCUUCUCGAAGUGACCAAAUUGAAAGUUGAAAAUAGAAAAGAUGAGAUUAUACAGUGUCUUUUGUUUGACCUCCUGAAUCGUAGUUCAAAGCUUACAGCAUCGGAGGUAUCAGAAAUCAUUAUUCUUUUCCAACAAUUGGAUCAUUUGGAAUCUGGUAUCCAAGCAUUCCUUGACGCAACAUCACUACACCUUGCAAGUAUGGUCUCUAAAUUGAUUGUUAGUUUACAAGGUAGCACCAAGAUUGAUGUAGUCAAUUAUCUAUCCAAUCUCAUGGUCAUCAAUGUGGCUAUUGUCCAAAGAACAAUUAAUAUUUACAAACUGAAAAUAAAUCCAAUAUUAGCAGAGCUGGGCCAGGGCAUUGACUCAUCAGGUUUAAUAGAUUGGUGCAUUGAGGAAUUCAAAAAAUUGAAUAAAACUAUAAAGAAACAUCUAUACGGUACAUUGUUGAUUAUCGAUGGACAUAAUUUUGAGACUGAUGAGCCAGUGUAUAGUGUCAAAGAUGAGAAACUAUACGGAGAUUUCCUUAACAUUAUGAAUCAAGAGUUGGAAGAGUUGCGUAUGGUGGGGUUGGACGUAGAGUACAUUUUUGAACCGCUAAUGAACUUGCAGUAG